AUGAAGGUCAGUGUAUGCAUGCGGAGAAGGAACCGUUCCAGGUUUCAACUGCGGCCACCUCGCUUCUCUGUCAGAGCGGAAAUCGAACUGGGAAACUCACAUCAGUUCCGUGCGCCAUGACGCUGAUCUGCAGUACCUCGAGAUCCCCGAACUCGACAUGCUCUCGCGAGCGCUGGACCUGUCGACGCCGACGCUCAAGGUCACCACGCGCGUCGAGGCCUACUCGUGCAAGCCGAUCGCCCGCGAACGCAAGUUGUUCAAGACGCUCGAAUCCGAGUUGAUCCAGGACCUGUCGCAUUCGACCUCCGUGUCGCCCCCUGAGCAACACCCCGGUUUGCUCGACAGCGCGUUCGGUCCGCUCGACAAGCGCGAGUCGCGCAAGACGUUGUGGUUGCUCAUCGGUUUGCUCAACGUCGCCUUCCCCGAUCACGACUUUUCCAAAGUUCGUCCCGAGGAGUUCAGGAGGGAAGAAGGUCCGCGGGCGGUGUUGGCGUCCUUGUCGACCGCGCUUGACCACCUGAGGUCCCCGACGGGCCAACGCUCCUUCUCGUCGUACCCUCCCUCGUCGAGCUUUGCCCUUCCUUCAUCGCCCAUGUCCGACCCUUUGGCUCUGCCCUCGACAAUGAUGUCGGCGAGCUUUGAAGGCGAUUCGAUACCGACGAACCCGUUCUUGCGUCGCGUGCUGGAUCCCAUCAUCGACCUGUCGGAAUGCGAAGUCUUCUCCUACACACCCGACAUUGAUUCCGAUCCUCACGCGUACGACAGCGACGACGAAUCCGAUGACGAUGAUUUCGACCCCGAUGCGUUCGAGAGGGACAGCGAUGGAGGGAUGACAUGGGAGAUGGAUGGGUUCGAAGGAUCCCCGGUCGUAGGAGGGAACGGACACCACCAUCAUCAAACGCACGGUCCGAAUUCGUCGCGAGGUGGUGGGGGUUAUUCGAAUACGCAGCUGUCUCGCUCGAGCGCCGGUUCGGCGAUGCACCACAGCAAUGACUGGUACUCGCGUCCUUCGACGCCGAUGAAGUCCAUCUCGUCCGUCUUCCGCGGUGGGGCACCUGGAACUCCCGCGUCUAUGCAAGGUGACGCCAGCUUCGCGGACGACUACUUUGGUGAAUCCUCGACGGGAGGGUUAUUAUGGUCGACCUUUCACUUCCUGUACAACCGUAAAGCGAAGCGAAUCGUCUUCAUCUCCGCCUGGGCCCGAACGCCGAGGUCCGAAUCGGCUCGUCGUUCGAUGCGAAGGAUCAAACGACAGAACGCCGCGGCGGCCGCUUCAAGGGCCGCUUCGAUCGCUGCCAGAGUCGCGAAAGCGACAGCCAACAUGUCCCAAUCCGACGAAGACGAUGGGGAGGGGGAGGAGGAGGAGGAGGAGGGCGCGUCACCGGGUCCGAAAAGGCCGACCACGACCGGGACGGGUUCAUUGUCGGCAAGUUUGAAGAGGAGUGCCUCGCAGACGUCCGAGUUGGCGAACCCUUUGUUGUCGAAUAAGCUGGUCGGAUCAACGACGACGACGACGCUGGGGAGGAAUAAGAAGAGGACCAAGAGUAGGGCUUGA